AUGCUUAGAAUACCGCUCAAGUGCCAGCCGAUCAAACGAUACAUGUCUGAACAGGUAAAGUUCGGUACCAAGGGUGUUUCCCGGGUGGUCACUUUGACAAGACCCGAAAAGCUCAACGCUUUAUCAACAGAAAUGUGCUCACAGAUGAUCCCCACACUUGUGGAAUUCAGUAAGAGCAAUGUGAAUAAUCUGGUGUUGAUCAAGUCGUCGAGCUCUCCAAAGGCCUUUUGCGCUGGAGGAGACGUAGCCACGGUUGCGCUACAAAACAUGGCAGGAAAUAAGGACAAAUCGUUGGAGUUUUUCCAGCAGGAAUACUCUUUGAACAUGCUUCUAGCGACCUACAACCGCCCCGUAGUCGUUUUGAUGGAUGGUAUCACCAUGGGCGGCGGUGUGGGCCUCGCUACCCACGUACCUUUCCGCAUAGCAACUGAAAAUACCAAGUGGUGCAUGCCAGAAACAGACAUUGGAUUUUUCCCCGAUGUGGGGACCACAUUCUCGUUGCCGCAGCUCUCUACCGUGGGUGGUACCAAGGGCCAGCUGGCACUAUAUCUCUGUUUGACCGGGGAUCUCUUAUCUGGCAUCGACGUUUACAUGGCCGGCUACGCCUCACAUUACGUUCCCAGCUCUAACUUAGAGGAUCUUCAGGCAAGACUUGGUGAACUACCGGUGCACAACGACUCCGAGGAUAUAUGGGAGAUCACCGGGAAGGCUGUUGAGGAAUUUUCCGUUGCGAUCCCAGAAGACUACCAAUUUAAGUAUUCUAAUGCUCAGCUGAACGUUGUGGAGUCCUGCUUUGAUCUGGACACCGCAGGUAACGCCAAGGGUGUAAGAACCGCUCUGGAAAAGGUUAUAAAUUCUACAUCGGCUGCUCCUGAGGAAAAGGAGUUUGCCCGUGUCACGUUGGGAAAACUCGACACCAAGAGUGGUGUCUCGUUACAGGUGGCUUUGGAGCAGUUCCGCCGCAACAAAGACUCGGAUAUCGAGUCAUCUCUCAAGCAAGACCUGGUCACUGCGUCUAACAUGUGUGAGGACGUGAUUUCUGAGUUUUCUGCCGGAACAAAACACAAGCUGGUCGACAAGAAUAAAACUCCAUAUGCGUGGAGCAAAUCCGCUUUGACCGUAGACGAACUCUCCCGUCUGGUGUCUCCUCGUGCUUCGAAUCCUGCGUCGUUGCUCAACAACCUGACCGAUGCGGUCACGUGGAAGAAGUAUCCGUUCCAUUCCAAGUUUAUGCUACCCACAGAGCAGCAACUCAAGGACUACAUUACGGGAAACGACAAUUCGGGAAGAUCCCUGGCCGUGUCCCGUCAUGAGGUGGUCAAGUAUUUCUCCCAGUACAACGCUUCGUCCAGAGGCAAGUCCGGAGUUCAAUAUCUGUGCAAUCAAAUUUGUCGCAGAAAGUGCACUGAGGGCGAUGCUGGAGAGCUUCACUGGAAAGAAAAAGCAUUAACUUAG